AUGCACCAUGUCCUAGACAUCGCCGAAAUCUUGCGACAUAUAUUCUCUCUUCUUGAGCAAGACGAUAACGCUCGUAACGCAUGGGUAUGCAAGCAAUGGACCGAUAUAGCCAUCGAUUUUGCCUGGGAAGAUGCACAUCCAGGAGUCUUCCGUUCAUUGGCACCCACACGUUUCGAUCCCGCGCGCAUCGUAACCUUCGAACGUUCGCCGCGGGUCAGCGAAUGGCGUCGCUUUCUGUUGAAGAGCGCGCGUGUGAAAACUUGGAAAGACCCCGUUUUCAAAUCUCAGGGAAACAACUGGCAUCUUUCGCAGAGAGCUCUUAACGACAUUGCGCUCACCCGUACCACAAUCAACAUAUUUCCGAACUUGCGCGCUAUAUUCGCCGCCACUCACGCUCUUCAUACGAUCACCAUGGGAGAGGCCGUGGUCGACCUAGCACUGAUGGUCACCUCGGUGGGGCAGCAACCACAUUUACGCAUCCCGGUCACGUUGGAGAACAAUUUCUAUCUCGUUUACGAGCGGGACGCUUUGGAGCUCCCGGAUUACGACGACCAGAUUACAGAUCUCCUUCACCAUAUGCCGCAUCUGAAGACGCUUACUCUCCCUUUGUUCUGUCUCAACGGACCUAUGGCACAAGCUCUUUCCUGCCACAAGAAUUUGCAGGAAAUACAUAACGCGUUCCCAUCGAAGCAUAUUACCAAUCUAUGGAUACAUACGCCAAGCAUACCGCCGUCCUCCGCUGUUAGAGACCUCAUUUCUGGCCUUGCUGGCGUAUGCCUUUCCCUCACAACACUAGAACUCAUAUUUCAAGCACCAACCUACUCGGAAGAUUCGAAUAUGUCGCCCGUUGAUCCCAUUCAAGCACGACACCUCCUCCACCUCCCUACCUUAGCACACCUCUCCACCUUCCGUAUUCGCCAUCCGUAUCCCAUCGCCAUUGGUGACGCCGACUUUGCCGAACUACUAUCGAAGUGGCCGCAUCUACGCUCGCUCAGCUUGAACCCACAUCCCGUGGUCACGAUGCCGACGAUGCUGACCCUGGGUGCAUUCCUUCCCCUCGCUAUGCAUUGCCGUGAUCUCACCGAGCUUGGACUGUAUAUCGAUGCGACUCUGGCCGUACCUCCUCUUCCACGCGACAUCGUUGCAUUAAAGUACGAACUACGCAUCUCGACCCUCUACUUGGGCCGCUCCCCUCUAUCUUUCGAGGAUGACGCCUCGACCACAACGUACCCAGAAGUCGCUCGUUACCUUGGCUCGUUCAUCAAGGGAGAUCCCCCGAUGAAAUGGAUGUGGCCAGAUGGCGAUAUAUAUCCGCCACACCUGCAGGACGAGGAGGAUUGGCUACAUGAUUUGGCGGUGUAUAAUGACUUGGGAGACUACGAGGAGGGAUGGAAGACGAUCGAGGUCAUGACGGGUCUGGUAUUAGAUGGGAAGCGCUCGGUAGACUCAGGUAUCUUUUGGUUCGGUGCUACGGCUCUCGGUUCAACGUUCAACGUUCAGAAACGUUCAGACCUCACGAACACUGUUUUUUGUCUAUUGCUUGACUUGUGGCCUCCUAAACCACUGGACCAAAUACCAAAAUACAACGGGUUUUUGAAGACACGUCGCUUCACAUGCAUCAUGCUCUAAGUAUUUCAGAGAUAUUGCGCCAUAUAUUCUCUCUGCUUGAGCAGGACGAUAACGCUCGUAAUACACGGGUAUGCAAAAGCUGGAGCGACACCGCUCUUGAUUUCGUCUGGGAGGUCGCACACCCGGGGGUCUUUCUUUCAUUAGCUCCCACUGAGGCCAACGCAGUCCCUCGCGAAUUGACCUUCGUACGCCCCCCAACACCGGAAGAAUGGAGCCGUUUCCUCUCGCACAGCAGUUGCGUACGAACGUGGAGAGACUCGACUUUCAACCUCACAGCAAACGCCUGGCGUCUUUCAUCCGCGGCCCUCGCCGAUAUCUCAGCGACCUGCACCACAACUUGCAUAUUCCCUAACUUGCAAGACAUUAGCGCCAGCACCCACGAAAUUGAGACAUUCAUCAUGAGUCCUUCGGUGGUCUCCCUGGUGUUGGUGGUUUCAAAAAUUUCACCUUCGCGCGUUCCCACUAUCCUGGAAAAUAUACGCGAUCAGCUUCCCCAGCUAAAAGACCUAGAUAUAUAUUAUGAGAUGGGGACUGAAGGGCUUCCUCCUUACGACGACGAAAUCGCAGGACUUCUCCAGGCUUUACCCAAAUUGACUACUUUGAGUCUCCCUCUCUUCUGUCUCAAUGCAUCCAUGAUACGUGCACUUUCACAACAUCAAAGUCUCGAAAGCAUAUUGGUUGACUCGUCUUCAACGUAUGUGCCUUACCCAUGCAACGAGCGCGAGCGCGAGCGCAGCCUAGUACUUCCUAACAAACUGCUCGAGACAGGCGCAUUCCCGUCUCUGAACCAGUUAUCAUUAUCUACCCCCUCCCUCACCGAUGCUCAGAAGUUCUUCACGCAGCCUGGGUUCCCAGGAACCAAUCUUCGUUCCUUGUGGUUUCACACCACAACCAUACCGUCUCCAGCAUCCUUCGGAGAGCUGUUGACCUAUCUCGCCGGUGUAUGCCCUUUCCUCACCGACCUAGAGAUGAUCCUUCAAGCGCGCCAAUAUAGCAGACGCUCGGACUUCAGUUCUGUCGAGGCCCUCGGGGCACGAGACCUUCACCCACUCCUCGGAUUCAACAGUCUCCACGUCUUCCGCAUCCGCCAUCCAUACCCAAUCGACAUAUCCGACACAGAACUCCGAGAGCUCGUCUCUAAGUGGCCCCGUUUGUGCGUUUUCGACCUCAAUCCCCACCCUGUUGUUUCGAAGGUCCCGACGCUCACAUUGGGCGCAUUCGUCACUCUCGCGACAUACUGUCCAUAUCUUUUCGAAAUCGGCCUCUACGUCGAUGCCACUGCAGCCCCACCAUCCGUCCCCCCUUGGAUUAUUGUCUCAAGGCGGCAGCUUGAUAUCACGACACUCCAUAUCGGCCGUUCUCCCCUCCUGAUAGGCGCCAAUGCACCUGUGACCACAUUUCCGCAAUUAGCCCGUUACUUGGCCCACUUUAUGGUGGACUCGUCCAAGACCGACUGGGAGUGGCCGAAUGAAGACGAUUUACCACCGCGAUUGAGGAACGAGUGGAACUGGUGGGCGUCCGUGGCAGCAUAUAGUCGUGAUGAUGUAGAGACGAAAUAUGAGAGCGAAAUAGGGCUUUGUUCCGAUCGAAUAUGGAUCAGAUAUGGACACUUCUGGGGAACUGCCCAAAACCUUUACUGCCUUUUCCGUAGAAUUGUGUCCAAUAUUCCACCGGCAGAGCUCGAGGCCCGUAUUUGA